AUGAAGGUUAGCAUAUUAGUGUUCAUCUUACUUUCUUGCACAUUUGCAAAAUAGUUGUAUGAUGUAAAAAAAUCAUAUGUCACUCCUGUGAAUGAAAUCAAUUUUGAGAAAUAAAUUAACAAAAUCAGACAAACAACAAAAUAUGUUACUAUCGUGCAUUUCUAUAAAUACUCAGAUGGAGAAAGUAGAUCAUUUGCACCAAAAUAUGAUGAAUUUACAAAUGAAUAUAAAGGUAUUUUCAGAAUAGCCUCAUGUGAUUGUGACGAAGCUGAAAAGAUUUGUUAGAAAGAGAGUGUCUCAAAAUUCCCCACAUUUAGAGUAUAUCCUCCAUAUCCAGUUCCAGCAAUUGAUUAUGAGGGUCCUCUUGAAAUAGAUGGAAUCUUGAAAUUGGCUACAAAAUAUAUCCACAACAAUGUUAUCGAAAUUACUGAAGCUAACAUUAACACAUUUAUCAAUGAAAACCCUACAGUUCCUAAAGUGCUAUUAUUUAGUGAAAAGAAAGGAUUCCCAUUAGUUUUCAAAGGAUUGAGUGUCGAAUUUGAGAAAAAAUUAUCAUUUGGUAUAGUGAGAUCAUCUGAAAAGGCCUUAUUGGAUAGAUACAAUAUCAAAGCAUUCCCUAAGUUGUUACUUGUAAAGACUAAUGAAAAAAAACCAUUCCCAUAUACAGGAGAAUAUAAAUUCAAGCCAAUGUUUGAUUUCUUGAAUGUUCACAGCGAAGUCUUCGUACCAGGAGGUGGAUCUUCUUCUGAUAGUGCUGCAACAAAAGAAUGGAUGAUGCAAGUUGUUCCUUAAUUACAUCAAAGAUCUGCAAAUGAUAUCUGCUUAAAGGUUGAUAGUGCUAUUUGUGUAAUCUUAUUGAACAAUGGAGAUAAACCAGACAAUGGAUUGGUAGAUGAAUUGAAGAAAUUGAACUAAUAAUACGAGAGACAUAUCAAUAGAGGAACAGUUUUCAAAUUUAUGUGGUUAGACGCAAAGACAGAAUCAAAAUGGGGUUAAACAUUAGAAUUCUCAGGUGAACCAAAAAUAGUGUUAUUGAAUCCAACUAAAAGAAAGCGAUUUGCUGUUCAUGAUGGUGAAAUGACAUUUGAAGGAAUAUAAAGAACUCUAGAGAAGUUGAUCAGUGGAGAUCUCAAAUUCAAAAAUUUAGGAGAGUCAUUACCCGAUUUUGUGAAAAUUGAUUUGUGAAUAUUGUUAAUUAGCUUAUCAUUAAUAUUUAUUUAUAAUGU